ACGAAGUUUAGAUGAAGCCCGGAAGAUGGCUUUAAGCACAUACGCCAGCAGACUGAUCAUUAAUAUAAAAGAUCUCUUGGCUGUACAUAGAGUUGAAAAGUAAAGAGUUGAAUUCAAAAGGUCUUGGAAUACAGGAGCUACUUCAUGGCAAAUUCUUCACACCAUUUGCGCUUUUGCAAAUGACUACAUGAAUGACGACGGUGGCUACAUCAUUAUAGGUGCAGAAGACAAGCCUUCGGAGGACGGGCAAUUGCAAGUCACUGGUAUUCUCGAAUGGAAUCUGGACAAGAUUCAGAAGCAGUUGGUAGGAUUAUGCAAAGGAAACAUCAAGCCAGAGUAUCAUCCCAUACUCUCUCCUGAGAUAUACGAAAAUAAGCAUGUGUUUGUGAUCUGGGUGACAGCAAGUGAAAAUGGCCCACACCAGUGUAGAGAAAGCGGCAAGGGGGAAUUUCAGUAUUAUAUAAGAAGAGGAACGCAGACUAUAAAGGCCUCACCAGAGGAAAGAAAUGAACUACUGCGGAUGCAGAAUAGGAUACCUUUUGAUGACAGGAUGGCUGUCGACUCAGGUAAGGAUUUCAUGAGGUUCCGAUCCGAGAAAGGCUCCGUAAGGCCUUCUAAAACCAUAUCUAGCCGUAUAACUGAAUCCCAGUUGUAGUCGCUUCUCAAAGCAGCUUCAAAAGAUUGUGAGGGGGACCAGUGUGGUUUUCGUUAAAAAUUAUAGAUUGUGAUGACGCAAGAGAGAUUGCAAAUUGUUCUUAAAAUUUUUAAAGCUCAAAGCAUGUCAGUUGUCAGUCGACUUCGCUCCAUCGACAUUUAACAGACUUAAUUUUUUUCAUGCAUCCUACGGCUGCUGCAUUAAGUUACAGGUUGGUUUUUUUUUCUGAAAAAAAAAAAAGAAUACCCAUUUCGUUUAAUUAGUAGUUGGGUAAUGACAUGAUAGAUAUAGCUGGCCUCCUUACUACCAUCUUAGUCAGUAAACUUCAGAUUUUUGCUAAUUUAUCAUUCAAGUACAUAUUAAGAAAGGCGGCACUGCUGUGCAGUUUAUCAUGACGUCAACAGCCCCAAUUUUGACGCGGCAGUAGUUUCCCCUUUUCAUCAGCAUCUAUAACUGAACUAAAGUCGCUCAGUUUUAUGCUUUGUAGCUAAUAAUUUCAACUUUUGUCCUGAAAAGAAGUUCUUGGCAAAAUGUCAGGCAAAACAGAUUCGGUGUCGGAUCACAAAAAGAUUUCCGCAUACGUCAGAAAACUCACAAGCAUAUAUAUACUUCUUUCGUAAUACUGUUUCGAACGAAUGAACAAGAAGGGGACCAAGAACGUUUUGAUUUCUUGGACUAAACGGAGCAUUUCUCGUAGAUUUCAUGUAGAAGUUAUAAUAGACUUAAUUUGCGUGACAUCAAUUCAGGUUUAUUAAUUAAUUCCGGCCCUGGCAAAAUCAACCACCCAAGACUGAUACCGGAAAAAAAUUCGCAAAAAAUUGCGUUACUUGCGAUUGCUCCCAAAUUUGGCACAAAGGAAGUUAAUAGAUUUAGCCAAUCACCUGCCUAGUUCCAGCCCCUGUGGACUUUUGACCGUGACACACCGAGCUUUCGAAAAUUUUGAAUUUUAUGGCGAGUCGCGGGGAAUUUUUGUGAGCCGAUUUUGCGAAGAAUGCAAGCUUGUAUCGACGAAUGUCAACCAAAUACAAGUCAAGCAAACUAUUCUGAAGGAUUUUGGAGGAUAACAAGCAAAAUAAACCCGAAAAUUGAGGUAGGGAAACAUUUAGAAUCUUUGCAUGCAAAUCGCCGAUCGCCGAACUCUGUGCCACAUGUUCUUAAACGGCGACGAUUUCCUUCCCGUUUUGCCUUCGCUUCGCUUUUCGCCGUCAAAUUCUUGCUUAUUUUGAUGAAUUCUAUCAGCAAAUUGAUGUCUGCUUGUCUCUAAGUCGAUAUUUCUUUGGAAAUCGAGGAAAGAAAGCGUCUCAUGGAUCAGUAAAGUAAACACGAGGUCACGAGGUGACGCCAAAAAGGAUUAUGCUAAUUAUGAUAACCUAAUUAGCAUAAUCAUGACGGCGUGCAGAAAAAUAUUUCUAGAAAAUUUCUAGUCGCUCCACAUUUUAGAACGAUUUUCGGGUUUUUUUGCUGAGAUAUUGAUGAAAAAAAUUUCUUACUACCAUAUCACCCAAAAUAAAGAAGUUUCCUAACUAAAUGACAUUCUUUAAAAAUUUACAAAAUUUUUUAUGCAAAAUAUGCUUUUUUAAUUAUUUGUUGGCGGAAUAUUAUGGGUUUCCUAAGUCCGAAAUAUUUUUUUUCCGAAAGAGUAUUCUUUUCCCUUUCCAAUGAGGUAUAGCUUGUUAUUGUACUGUAAAUAACACAAGAGAUAUGAUUUUUUAAAGUUACAUGGCAAAAUAAUUAAAAUAAUUAAAGGGAAGACAAACCCUUACCAUUCCAUUGACGUGCAUGACCUAGACAAGGCUCAAACUAUUGCGGUGAACUAUCACAGGCGCCCCAAGCUCAGUGGGAGAGUUUAAUCAUUAAUACAUGUGGUUUCAUAUUGCGUAAUCCUUAAAAUGACCGUGACCGUCAAGUAGAUAAAUACUCGCUAGAAUUUUCAAUAAAAUACAGCUUACCGUCUAUAUCUACUUGAGUCUUUUACCUGUGAAUUCCCAUACAAGAUCCUUUAUAAUCACGGUCAUUUUAAGGAUUACGCAAUAUGAAACCACAUGCAUUAAUGGUUAAACUCUCACACUUGGGUCACCUGUGGCGGAAUGUCAGGUGGCAUGGCUUGCGGAAUGACAUAUAAAAUAUCCAGAGUCAAGAGCCAUUAUGGGUCUUGGCAGAAUGUAAUGUAUGGAAAAUGGCGCAAAGAAAUAAAUUAAACAGAAAAGUAUGCGCGCGUCUUUGCCACACCUUUUUUGAGAGAUCAUCCACUUUGCCGGUCCGUUUAUUACUGCUGGAUCAACAAGGCAGAGCAGCAUGGAUUGUGGAGGAAAUCUUUUCUACUAGCGGUAAGCUUCACUGCAUUUCCCUCCCCUUAUUCCUUCCAUCCUAAGUAAUAAAUAAGCACUGACAGCAUAUUUUUCGUGUCUUACGUAACGUAACCUGUUCCAGGCGUUCAGAUCGUGGGGACAGCGCAAAGAGAUAUGUGAGCAGAAAAAAAACAACAAAGGGGUGGGUUGGUGUGGGUCUUUUCCUCCUUAUUUUUUUCUCGCUCUCUUCCUUCGCGUCGCACUCCACUAUCCGAACGCCUGGAACAGGCUAUACGUAACGCCACCACUCAAACGUUUUAAUCUGUAAUCCAGAAAUUACGGUGGCCCGUAAUUGUGUUACAGCAAUUUCAAUUGGUUCACGGCAAUUUCAAUUUUACUCACGACAAUUGCAAUUUACUCACAGCAAUUUCAAUUUCUCGAGCAAUAGGCCUCAAGUACAUUGUAGGUUAUAUCCCAUAAGACAGCACGAGAGGCUCUCUUUUAAACUUAGAAAGCUCCAACAAGCUAAGUCCAGCAGAAAGAACACUGCCCGUAAUGUAAACUUAGCACAGCCUUUCACUAGCGCGCACUCGGCGCCAAGAAUUAACAAUGUACAAAACAGUGAUGUACAUAGGCUAGCAAACACUCUAAGAGCCAAGAUCAACGAGCUUGACGAAGUUUUGAAGGUAAUCAAAACCGCUCCUGAGAAUAAACGUUGUGAAUCUUAUCCCCGUUUAUUAUCUGAGUCUUUAAAAAUAAGGGGAAAAGCAAAAGAUAAUUCAAAAAGCAAAAAACGGUUUUCAACCGAAAGAGAAAAGAACGCAAUAGAAACAGAGGGAAAAUGCGUUACAACAACACAUGGGAGUUGCUCGCUCCAGGUUAUGGGUUCCUGAAAUAACGUACAAUGCACUUGGGGCUUAUUGCUCGAGAAAUUGAAAUUGCCGAGAAUAAAUUGAAAUUGCCGUGAGUAAAUUGAAAUUGCCGUGAACAAAUUGAAAUUGCCGUGACACUUUUGGGCCACCGUAAGAAAUCGAAUGAAGCGAACUGCUAUCUAACUCGACUAACCCCUUUCGGCCUCUCCGCGUCUCUUCGCACCUCCUUUGUUUGUGCAAGUGUGCAAGGAAACCAAAGGAAGCCAAGGAAACAAAAUACAAGAUUUGAUCUAAGAGUGAAACCUCCGUUUAUAUACUUAUAACAAAAGCAAUCAAAUUUAAUUCAACAAAAACUAAGCGACUAAGAAGAAAUCUUCAAAUCUCCCCGCUUAACUUUAGGAGCCUUCGGCAUCAGUUUACAUUUAGAGGGAGGCGUUAAGCAAACACACCUGAAAUGAAUAACAAUUCAAGAAAGACAAGUAGCCCGCCUGAACUGUUUCAAAAAAUCUCACUACCUGUAGUCUUACGAUCGUAGGCGUGUUUUGAGCUUAAUACCUAAUGUCAUGAAUGAAUAAUAGACAGAUAAAUAUUUCUUGGAAAUUUGUCUUUAAAAACCCAUAAGUUAAUCCUUAAUUGCGAUUUACAUAAGUAAAAUCGGCUGAGCACAUGGCAAAAUUCGACAUAAAAUUAAUUUCAAAUCGGGGCACAUUUUGUAGUUUUUUUUUUUUUUUCACGCCGAUGUCAAAAUAUACAAAAAGUCUAUGGAACCUUUAUAAAUACAAAAAUACUCCUAUAAAAAGGGUACUUUUCUUGACCAAAGUAGAGAAUGUACUGGAAAUUCUGCCGCCUUGGUUGCUUCAAAACAGAGCGCUCCGCCGUGAAGAAAACAAGGUUGAAUUCCUCCAUGGACAGUUUCGUAACGAAAAGCUUUCGUUUUUCCACAAAAAAGGAAACUGAGCACUCUUGAUAAUGCAAUCCACCGUCUCGCGCGGUUUCAAAGACAAAUAAAGGUUAAAAAAAACUGGGAAGUUAAUCGUGUAAAUUUGCAGAAAAAAAUUAAAGCGGAAGCGAGCGCAACCUUCCAAAACAUCUUUUCUUCAAUGGCCGACUUUCGUGAUGUAGUAUCUAUGCUGCCAUGCAGCCCGACUGAAAAAAGGCAAGUAGAAUCUUUGUGUGGCUAUGCGAAAAAGGCUAAUCGGCAGUGAGAACUGAAGGAGUCCUUCGUGAAUUUUUGAUCGGUCGUCGUAGUCGUGCCCGCAACAAAGGCAACAUUAAAAAAACGGCUGCUUUUGCAAAUAAUAUUGGCGCCAAAAAAGGGCGCACUUUUCAGUUUGAUCUAUUUCUUUGAGUCAUUCUGCAAGCCAUGCCACAUGCCAUUACACAAACUCACCAUGAUAGUUGUUAAAGUGGAAUGGUUGGGAAACUCGUUAGGCUCCUUUGGACCUGACCGUGCACAACGUUCAAUAGCAUUCCUAUCAUUUUGAACUUGCUGACCAAUAGAAACAUCGCAUUAAUUUAUUCAGUCACAAUUUGGGAACAGAAAACAAAGGAAUGUGCACGGUCAGGGAGCUUUCAACAUAAACUACAGCACCGUUGUUUUCAACUUUAAUGUUUGCCGGUUUUCGUACAGUAACCAGUCUCCUUUACUAACUAUGCGCUCACCGAAACUAUUGCUGUAACUGUAGCCUGUUCCAGGAAAAAAGGGGGAUGGCGGGAAAAAGGAAGCGAGAGAGGAACAUUUAGAUUGGCUUUAGUGUUUGGCAUGAUUAUGUGCUGUUUAAAAACGAUCAGGAGUGUAUUAUCAGGUUUAAAAACUCGAGGCAAAGCGAGGUCUUUGAACGGCUUCAAAAUUAAUUCAUUUUAAUAUUUAGAUUUGGGCUUAUUUUGGUCCAAAAAUUGGACGUAAAUUUUAGCCGUGUGUUUAUCAGAUAUAGACACGCAUUAAACAUUUUCUUUUGUUUUCUCUUUAUGAAUUAUUAAUGAUUUUUUGAAAGGUUAAUAAAGUGACAGAUCGUCACACCUACUUAUAACAGUUUUUUUAAAAAAGACAUGUUUCUUUUCAUUGUAAACUGUUAAACUACUCCCUGCGUAGUCAAUCAAACUGGUUCGGUAAUCGAAGACCAUCGAACACUCAAUCGAAUUAAAUGAAUUCAUGGAUUGAGUGAGUUAGGUCAUCUAAUAAUUUAUUAUCAAACCAUUCGAAAUCGAAUUAAUCAAACACAACCAAAUUCAAUCCACUGGAUUGUGUUCGAUUUAUUUUUCCAAGUUUCAAAGCGAACAAGGAUACAGUUUGUUUUUAAAUCUAUUUUUCCGCGAAAGUUCUGUUUUUGUUGUUUAAAUGACUUUUUUGAGUGAGUUCGAUUACGUUCAAUCAAACUUCUAACUUUCGAACUCAUGCAGUCCAUGGAUUCAGAGUUCCAUUGAGUUCGAUCGAAAGACCCAUUGAAAGUUUGUUCGAAUUCAUUAGAUUGACUUCCCUGAGACUAUUGAGAAAAUUUCCGAACAUUCUUAUCAGCUGAUUUCUACAACGGGGUGUAAACUGGUCCUUAUAUAUUUUCGCAGAGAGAGGAAACCAGCUCACCGAAAAGGACAUUAGCUCAAGUCUUGUUAAAGAGUUUCUGAGCGAUAUCGGCAGUAACAUUCGUGAUCAAGACCUCCGUUGUCCCCGGCAGCUUUAUGAAAACAUGCGUCUGGUGAGAAAUUUCGGAGAUAAACAGCAGGGAGGAAAACUGGUGAAAUGUUUAGUCCCUCGGAAUGUCGCAUUCCUUUUCUUCAAUGAAACUCCAAGCGACUAUUUUCCAGGAGCAAAGACAGAAGUAACCAUAUAUGAUCAAGACAAGAAUAUUGCGCAUGAAGACGAGUAUGUAGGGCCAAUAGACCAACAAGUGAGCAACACACUGGAAUACAUACUGAGGGAAACAAAGGACAAAGAGGAAGAGUCCCUUGCCUAUGUUUUGUAUCCCAGAAAAGCUCUCAGGGAGGCGGUGGUGAAUGCCUUUUAUCACCGAGGUUAUGAAACGGAACAUUCUGAUCCUGUGAAAGUCCGUAUCUACCCCACCCACAUCGACAUCAUAAGUUACCCUGGCCCACACCCAAGUCUCAAGCCCGAGCACUUCAUGGAAGACAGCGAUAUGCCUCCUGUAAAGACUAGAAACAGAAGAGUGGGAGAAUUUCUGGUCAAAAGAAAAUUGGCCGAAGAGAAAGGGACAGGAGUACGAACUAUUUUCCGUUCAAUGAAAGAGAACGGAAAUUACACACCGGAUUUUCAGUUUGAUGAAACAUAUUUUCGGGUUCGUCUUCCCGGGCACCCGAAAUUUAAGGUGCGCGGUAUUCUUAAGACAGUGAACAAUCUUUGCGCCAGUGGUGCGAAACAAAAGGCGGUGGAGAUGCUUUUGGGAUUUUUGAAGCGAAAUCCCCAGAUACGACACAAUAGUCUUUUACUCAAGUUAAUGGAGCUGCAUGACCACAACAAGAAUCACCCAAAUGUCCAGCCGUAUAAAGAGCACUUCUCUCAACGUCUUGAUCGGCGCCUUACUUCUUCAUUAGCACUUCUGAAAUGGUCUAGAUCUGCAACGCUAGCGGAGCUUAAUAUCGAGGCUGGCGCUGAAAUCAUAAUGGAGCUUGUCAAAGAAGAUGCAGAUGCAGAUGACCUGCAGGUAGCCAAGCAAAUUGCUGUCGCCUUGUGCCAAGAGAGGUGCGAGAAUUCAACUGAGGGGAAAAAAUGUGCGCUGGAUAAUCAUCGGAAAGCGCACCAGCUCUUCGACGCAAUGGGCCAGGUAAUCAAAACUGACGCUUACUUGUCUUUCCAGUUUGCCUGCUGCAAAUUUAAUCUCUUCCGGUACAACACGACAAAAAAGAACCCCAGAGAGCGAAAGGAACUAUCAUCUUCCCUCACGGAAGCUGAAGUGUGUGUGAACGAUGCCAUACAGCUAACAAGCGAGGAGAACACCAAGCAUUUGGCAAACCAAUAUCGCCAGCUAGGAUACAUCCACUCUCAACUUCUGGUGAUGAAGAAAUCGACUCAUAAGGAUGUUAUCGAUAACCUCGACAAGGCAAGAUCUUACAACCCAGAAAUACAUUUCAGUGAAUUUCUGGUACACCAAGAUUGCAGAUCUCGGUACAAACAAACAAGAAGCCCAGACGAAUAAUUGGUGCCUCUUUAAUUGUUGAUUUUUUUUUUGUUAUAGAUGUUGGCCCAGAAUUCACUGCUUCUAUAUUUCAAGCAUCUUAAAUCUUAUCAAAGAGCUUUAAAACUCAGUUUUAUUCUAGAAUUAUUUCUAUAGUGAAAUCAGUUUCAUUGAUUAGAAAAUGGUGUGUGCAUCUACCGUGUUUUUUUAACCCUUCAAAACUAUUCUGAAAACCUCCCGAUACUAUACAGUGCAAAUCUCCAGAUCUUCUGUUUCCACUGAUGUCAACAUACGGAUCCGCCAAAUCUCUCGGAUUCUUUUGACUUCUUCUAUGUACCGUAAAAUUCCGAAAAUAAGCCCCGGGGCUUAUAUUUUUCAAAGGCCCUUUUUGAGGGGCUUAUUUUUGGAGGGGCUUAUAUACGGAGGGAAAUUUGCGUUUCAAAAUCGGUUAGGCUUAUACUUGGCAGGAAAUUUGCGUCUCAAAAUUCAUUGGGCUGACUUAUAAUUGGAAUGAAAUUUAUGUCAGUAAUUUGCAGAAAGGACGUAUAUCUUUCUAAAACGCAGACAUGCAAAUACUUUGUUUACAUGGAACAAGAAUGAAGAGUGAGACACGCAAACAGCAAUUAACUGUGACACUUUCUGACUGCACACGUAGUUCUUCAGUGGCAAAUGCAAAAAUUUAUGUGUUACUGUACAGUUUUCGCUUUGCUUAUUUUGAAUUUGAGGGAAAUUUCCAAGUACAAGCCCCGGGUGGCUUAUAUUCGGAGAGGCGAUUUAACGGAGGGUUUUUUUUGCGUUAUGAGUUUGGGGGGCCUAUAUUUGGAGGGGCUUAUUUUCGGAAUUUCACGGAAUACUUCUGCUAGAACCUGGAAUUUAGCACCAAAUUUCCUCAAGAAAACCGGUUUCUGGCGCGGGCAUUUUUGGACGUCUUCCCUCUCUGACAAAAAUCAUUUUUUCGCUAUGUCAUGGAAGAGACUGUUGAUUGUCGUUGCCUUAUGCGAAACCUGCGAUCAGGCGUUAUUUUUUCGGGGAAAGGGGGGGAAAAGCACUCGUCUUCCAAACAAAAAUGGAAGAAAGACCGCCUAAUUACAGGUUAACUUAUGCAAGAUUACAUACAGUAAAAACCCCGUGAGUAAGGACUUCCAUUUUCCCAACUGAGCCAAAACAGGUUCUUACAUAUUAAAUAGUAAUUAGCACAAAUUAAGGCAAUUUGGUUUUUCUAUAACAAAUAGGUUCUUAUUUCCUGAAGAAAAACAUACAUUGUAGCUACGAGUAUUUCGUGGUAUUCAUCGUAUUUCUUAUAUGGAGUCUGGAUAUGGUACCAAUUGGUAUUUAUGUAAAAAUGACUUUAAGAAGAACGACUUAGGCCACACUGACCGCAUGAAUUUUGAAGUUCUUUUGCCAAAAUGUACAGAUUUUAGCGAAGAACCUGUUUCAAAGUUUAUAGGCUAAACAGGUUCUGGUAUUAAGGGCUCCAGCCUAAUCGCCAAAAACUAGCCUGAUAGGUUCUUAAAGACCAGGUUCUCUCUCGCGGGUUUUUACUGCAUGCUCUGGACCAUAUCCCUACGUCAUUAUUUGGUGACUGGCUGGUGGGUCGAUUUGUAUGUAUCGGGCGUGAGGAUUCGUAACAGUAAGGUAGUUUGAUAAUCAGUGGACAAGGAUCCUAAAAACGGAUAUAACAUCCAGGUUCAAUGGUAUCUCAGUUUAUAAAACAUUGUAUUUUCUUGUAGAUUUAAGUAUUUUUAAAAUUUGUUAAACUGUGAUUAAAUUGCAUGAGCUAUGGAGGAGUAUUUAAGCUGCAGUUAUGAAAAAUUCAAUUCUGAUGUAGUUAUUAGCAUAGUUUAGUGACUACAAAAAUUGCUGCAUAUUGUCCAGUUUAAUGGUACGCAGUAGGUCAUCAUCGAAUAUUUGCGUGACUUUUAUAGGAAAAAUAUUACUAGACUACACAAACGCAGAUCUGUAUUAGCUCGGUUUUUGGCGAAAGUCGAAAACGUCUAUAUCACCGCGGCCAAUCACAGCAUGGAAAAUCCAAUCAUGAGAGCAGCGCUUUGUAGCGCAGUUUGAAACAUGUAUUCAAGCCGAAAGCUUGGCAACGUCUCUCAGACGUUCGAAAAGCUUAAAAUUAUGAAUUUGAAAAGUUUUAUAGUUCUUAAAUACCUGCAGUUCAGACGAACUUCCUAAUUACUUUUCCACAUUGUUAAAAAGUUAGUUGUAAUACUAAUUUUCACAUACCGAACAAAAAGGAAAUACUCAGUACAGUGUUUUUACAGGAGAAGACGUAAGCAGAGCGGCUUUGGCCUACCCUCAAAUAUAAAUUUCCUGCUCUGUCGCGGCUAGCUUUGUAAUCACGUAUAUUUGUAGUUUUAUAUUCUGCGUAG